AUGGACACCACCUUCAUCACAAUCCAUGAUCUCUCCCAUGACGCCUCGAUCCGCUAUGCCUCUGAUAGCAUCAAGGUGGUCCUAGGCUACCAGCCUCAUGAGGUGUUGAACCGCUCCUGUUGGGACUAUUUCCAUCCCCAAGAACUGCAUUUCGCACGUAGUGUGCAUGGCCGCGGAGUUCGGCUCGACAAAGCCGCCGUGUUGAACUAUUGUUCCAUUCGUCAUAAGAAUGGAUCUUGGAUCGGGUGCGAAUGUGUGUUCACGGUCGUGUACGAUGUACUGAUCGCAAGUACCACGGUGUAUGGGCGAGGCAGAGGCAGUCAAAAGCGCGCUGUCGACGCGCCCAUUGUUCGCCAGCUCUUCGACUCUUCUCCCAAUGACCCCCGCUAUCAUAUGCUUACCUUUAUAUCCGAAAAGUUCUCAAGACGCCUCGCGCAGCCCCUCCAUGAGCCUCGUGCGGCUUUAUUUGUCAAUCGCUUUACCCGAACUGCAACUAUUAUGUAUGCGACUAACGGCGUGACAGAGAUUCUGGGGCUCAGCCCGCAGCAGCUCAUCUCCCAAAGCUUCUUCUACUGUAUCCAGGAUCGGUGCCUUCGAGAUGCAGUCCGGUGCUUAGAGAGUGCAAAGGCUAAUGAUUCGAUCGCUUACCUGCGUUUCUGGUUCCGCAAUCCCUUGCAAGGCGACGGCGCGGGAGUGGAUGGAUAUGAUGGUUCAUCCUCAGCUGAACCAUUUGGCUCCACUGCAUUUCCAUUAGAACUGGAAGCCGUUGUCUCAUGUACAUCAGACGGCCUUGUCAUCAUCCUGCGGCAUGCCCGCCCCCCGAUUCCCAACUCCAAUCUCCCACCCAAACCGGUUCCAAUCUAUUCGAAUGGCCUUUUCGCCGCGCCAUGGGCACUUCAACCAGUGCUGGCUUAUGGGACCCCGUCUUAUCCCCAAGACCAUCAAGGCCCUAAUCCAACCUAUCCCGAAAUCAAAACAACCCUUUGCAAAGAAAAUGAAGGUCCUGCACCUGCGUCGGUGGCUAGCCGAAAUCCGCCAGGAUCUAGUAGUGCCUUUGACUUCACACGACCUCCAUUCUAUACAGAUACAAAGGGAGUGGAGCCGAAUGGUCCUCUCGCCGAACUUCUUAUGGACACAAUUCGUGAUGUUGCCGUCUUCGCAUGGGGCAUCAUCGGUAUCAAUCGAUCGUUAGAGCAGUACAAGUGUGGCACUCCCUCUGGCAACGCGCAGCCGCAAUCGGCCGAUGCAAUGGUGGAUGAUAUGGCUCAGCCAGGGCGAAGUGAACCUGCGGCUGGCCGCGCUUGGCAGUGA